AUGAAAGCUGAGAGUUCGAAAGUCACCAAGAGACAUUGGUUUCCAGAAACACUCGAGCUGAAACGACAGCGUGGAAUCGAACGAGGUGCAGGCAACCGCGAACAAACGUCCGAACUUGGAAAACAUUGCAGACCGGCGAUAAAAGAAGACCUCAAAAAGAGAAGAGUAGCAGUAAUGAUCGAAGCUGCAGAGGCUGGGAAAAGCAUUCGCAAAGCCCACCGAAGCUUCGCCAAUUACAAGACCAAAAUGAUUGCACUCCGACGCCCCGAAAUCCGACGUGCCAUUUCGUUGGUGAAAAAUCGAACAGCACCAGGUCCGGACAGGAUGAGACCAGAGCACCCGAAGAACCUUCCUCCAGUCCUCGUAAACACACUGGUUGGGCUCUCCACACGUUGCUUGCCUGAAUGCAAGUCCCUACUCAUUACAAGACCAGCAAGGCCGUGCUAUUGUUCAAGAAAGUUGAAAUUCACAAUAACGGCAUCUAUUGCUCAAACUGCUUGCUGCGUGUCGUCUACAAACUUUUCAUUCGAAUCAUCCUAA